AUGGGAGGAGCAGUGUGUAAGGAGGAGGUGAAGGAGGAGAAGAGGAGCGUGGGGAGGGAGGACAGUCUGACAUCAGCGGACAGAAUCAGACGAUUCACCGUCAAGCAGUUUGGAUACAACGUCCUGAGCCUGGCUCGCAGAGGGCUGAAGGAGGUCCCAGAUGAACUGUGGGAGCUGUUGGAGUUGGAGAAGCUGAAUUUGUCCCUAAACAGUCUGAAGGAUCUUUCUCCUCAGCUGGCUCUGCUCUCCAACCUGGUGGUCCUCAACCUGUGGGGCAACCAGCUGAGCAGCCUGCCAGCAGAGAUUGGACAGCUGAGGAGACUCAGAGUCUUAUUCGCCUACAGAAACAGACUGACUGAAGUUCCUGAAGAGCUGGGAGCCUGUACACAACUGGAGGUGCUGAGUUUAGCCAACAACCAGCUGUCCUCGCUGCCUGCUUCUCUCUCAAAUCUAACCAGACUGAGGAAACUCAACCUCAGCCACAACCACAUUGCUCACAUCCCGGGUUGCGUCUACAACAUGAAGGCUCUGGUGUUCCUCCAUCUGGCCUGUAACCGUCUGGAGAACCUGGCGGAGAAUAUCCAGGCUCUGGUAGAGCUCAAGAUCCUCAUCGUGGAGGGAAACAGCCUCCACUCGCUGCCCAAGGCCCUCUGCUGCCUCACCAGGUUGGAGUUGCUGAACCUGGACUUCAACGACAUUAAAGAUGUUCCACAGGAGAUGCACCAGUUGUCCCGACUGGAGAAGCUGGCCUGCCAUCCUCUGGAUAAAGGACUCCACAUCGUCCACAACCCGCUGCUGAAGCCUGUGAAGGAGGUGCUGGAGGGGGGGCUCACUGCCCUCUUCAACUACCUGAGAGCUGGGUAG